AUGCGAGUUCAAGGUGUUGUACUUAGCUUCCUGCAGAGUACGGUCCUCGUCGCAGCCCAGGAAGCCCAGUCCAUACUGGGCUCUGUGCCUUCGAACGACUCGCUACUAUGGGGCCCAUACAGACCUAACCUCUACUUUGGGGUCCGACCGCGAAUACCUAAGAGCCUGUUGACGGGACUGAUGUGGACAAAUGUGGACGACUUUGCUAAGGCGCAGGAAAACUUUCGUCAUACUUGUGAGCAGCAUGCUGGCAUGGCUGGUUAUGGGUGGGAAGAGUACGACACAAGGCACGGCGGACGAGAAGUCAUUCAUGAUGCUGGGAACAAGAUCGACCUGACAAUCGACUUUGUCAAAAUGCCUGGUGGUUCUAAUGGAGGCAGUUGGGCUGCAAGAGUUAAAGGUUCACGUCAAGCAGAUGCUCCCCCUAACCUGGUCACAACUGUGCUUUUCUAUGCUGGCAUGGAGGGUAUUGGCGAGCUAGGAUUUACACAUGGCUCGGACACGAAUGGCGUCUCAGGUCCAGUCACCAUUCAUGGCAGCACUACCGAGCUAGGAGAUUUUGAUAUCGAGUUCAUUGACGGUCCAGACAACAGGUUACCAUACAAGGUACAUCCUUCUUGGGACGACAAGCCACUUGAUGUGACCUUGACUCAGAGCUUCAUGGUCCCUCCUGAUCAGAUGUGGCGAAGCAAAGAGAUUGCCUGGUCUGGCUUCAAACAAACGAUCGAUGAGUUGGUGAAAGAAUAUUCCCAGGACAAUAUGGCUCCUCCCUGGCAAGCAUUCACUAUCCAGAACGAUGUUAGGCCAGGCAACAUGCACAUUGUACAGAAGGUUUUCGUCGGCAAUUUCGAGUUUGACGUCUUGUUCAAAUCCGCAUCUGGACCUGAAGUUUCACAAGAAACACUUAGUGAGGCGGUCACGUCCGUAUCUGAAAGCUUCAAGAAGAAGUUCGGCGAAGUGUUCCAACCAGCGAAGCCCUUCGACGACGAUGACUAUAGAGCUUGCUCAGAGUCCAUGUUGUCGAAUCUUGCGGGUGGUAUAGGCUACUUCUAUGGCGACUCGCUUGUGGACAGGUCUUACGCAUCCGAAUAUGACGAGGAAGACGAAGGGUUCUGGGAAGCAGCAGCUGAGGCUCGCUCUCGCAACGAACCAAGACAAGAUCCUGCGGCUGAGCUCUACACAGCCAUCCCUUCACGACCUUUCUUUCCGCGCGGGUUCUUGUGGGAUGAGGGGUUUCAUCUUAUUCCCAUCGUCGAGUGGGACACAGAUCUUGCUUUGCAGAUUAUAGAGUCUUGGUUUAAGCUUAUGGACGAGGAUGGCUGGAUAGCCAGAGAACAAAUACUAGGACCAGAGGCUCGAAGCAAGGUGCCUGCUGAGUUUCAAGUUCAAUACCCUCACUACGCUAAUCCAACCACACUAUUCCUGAUCGUCGAAGCACUUUCAAACAAAGUUUUAGACAAAUCCGUCUCGUCAAGUGAAAGAUCGAAUAUCAAGACUCGGCUAGAGACGCUGUAUCCUCGCCUGCAGAAGCACUACGAGUGGUAUCGGCGUACGCAAGCAGGGGACAUUAAGUCCUACGAUCGAGAAGCCUUCUCAACGAAAGAGGGCUACCGGUGGAGGGGUCGAACACCACGACAUAUUCUGCCGUCAGGCCUCGACGAUUACCCGCGAGCACAACCACCUCAUCCAGGUGAACUUCAUCUCGAUCUUCUGUCAUGGAUCGGUCUCAUGUCAAGGUCUCUUGUCACCAUCUCUACCAUGCUUGACAACAAGGACGACGUCCAGACAUAUACCAAGCAUCUCACCGCCAUAAUCCGCAAUCUGGACGAUCUGCAUUGGUCCUCCCACCAGAAAGCAUACUGCGAUGCCACAAUUGACGACUAUGACGAGCACAUGCUCGUAUGUCACAAAGGAUAUAUCUCACUUUUUCCACUCAUGCUCGACCUCCUGCCUCACGAUCAUAAGAACAUACCAGCCAUUAUCGACCUUUUGGCUGAUCCUGAUCAGCUAUGGUCGCCUUUCGGUAUUCGCAGCUUGUCGAAAAAGGACGAGCUUUACGGCACUGACGAGAACUACUGGAGGUCUCCUGUCUGGAUGAACAUGAACUACCUCAUAGUAAAAUCUCUCCACACACUUGCUAGCGAUGAAACUUCUCCCAACGCAGCAUCAAAAAAGACACGAGAGCGAGCGGCAAAAACGUACUCGGAGCUGAGGAAGAACCUUGUCAAUAAUGUUAUGAAGCAAUGGAAAGAGACUGGGUUUGCCUGGGAACAGUAUAGUCCUGAAACCGGAGCUGGGCAAAGAACCCAGCAUUUCACAGGCUGGACCAGUUUAGUUGUAUCGAUAAUGGCCAUGGAUGAUCUGCCAGGGAGUGCUAAGGUUCAUGAGGAGCUGUGA